UUUUACCAGAGCAGGUCCUCAGAAUUUGGGAUCUCAGGUUUCUUAGUUGCAGCGGAAAUAUGGGCGUACUCCCUCUCCCUCUCCCUCUCCCACUAGUUGGACUUCGAUCUUGGUCGAUGCAGUCAGAAUCUUGGUGUUCUUUGAGCUUCCAAGUUGUGGUCCUUCAAUUUCCUCUGAUAUUUCGAGAUUAGAUCUUUCAAUACUCGUUCCAUCUUGCGCUCUUUAAUUAGCUUUAGAGUUAAAAUUGAGAUGCGGAGCUUCCGACGUUUGACUGCAUACUUCUUUCCGGUGCGUUCAAUCACUCUUUUCGUUUUCAAAUCAUAAAUUGCGAUGAAUAAUUUCUCAUUUGGAUCCGGAAGUCCAAAGCCCUACCCAAAAAGCGAAUUUGACUUGGAAUCCGGAAAACCCAUAAAACGAUCCCGAAUUAAAACCUCGCAUCUUCACCCCAUCAGAAUGAUCAAAUCAUUUGGGAGUCGCCUUCAUUACUAUUUCAAGUUGCACCCAUUUAUGGGCUUCUUCAUCUCCUUGUGUUUUGGGAUCACAAUUCUUCUGGUCCUUUCUGUAUACGAAAGCCACUACAGAACGGUGAAUAGCUAUGGUAAACUCGAUCUGGGUUUGGACGAUUAUCCAUUCCCGAAGCUUCAAAAUCUUAUAAUGGUUGCGGGCCAUUCUAUUUAUACGAGCAGUAGUUGUGGGAAGAUCGAGAAGGAGGAAUCUUGGUAUCUGGAACCUUAUCAGAAAAUUGCUGGUCAAGCUGCUACUUUUAUGACUCACAUACGAGAGGGAAUUGAUAUUGCAGCCAAAGAUGACUUGGCUCUGCUCUUGUUUAGUGGAGGAGAGACCCGUAAAGAUGCUGGUCCUCGCAGUGAGGCACAGAGUUAUUGGGCUGUCGCUGAUUCCAAAGGAUGGUUUGGUAAAGAAGAAAGUGUGAAAUGGAGAGCACUUACUGAAGAGCAUGCCCGUGACAGUUUUGAAAACCUCCUAUUUAGUAUCUGCCGAUUCCGGGAGCUCACCGGCGCAUAUCCUGAGAAUAUAACCGUUGUAAGCUAUGAUUUCAAGCAAGAGAGAUUUGCGAAUCUGCAUCGAUCUGCAAUUGGGUUUCCAGAGUCAAGGUUCUUCUAUACAGGCACUUCUGCUGCAUCAAAUGCAAAAAAAGCUGCUUUAAAAGGGGAGGCACUGGUGCGAGCCCAAUUCCAGAAAGAUCCGUUUGGGUGUCAAAGUUCUCUUUAUCACAAGAAACUACGGCGUGACCCGUUUCAUCGCUCCAUUCCUUACCCGAAUGGUUGCCCAGAAAUUCAAGCUUUAUUCAGAUACUGUGGACCAGCUCCUUACCCUGGUUCUCUCCCUUGGGCAUAGCAAACCCAAUUUAGUCAAAUUACACUAUGAACUACCGGCAUGAGAGCUGAGGAGCCGGCAGAUAGGAUGUAUUGAGCUUGAAAAAUGGCGAGCCCUGUAGAUUCAAGAGUUUUUCCAUGUGUUUCAGGUAGGCUGAAUUGAUUCACCCCCGAGUGAAACAUGUCACUGCCCCCGUGGGAGGGUAUCAAAAUAUGCAAUUUGUCCUCGCCGGGGAAAAACUGUUGAAGACGGUUCCCAUAGUUUGCUUCAAAGAGAGUUCUUACUUGUAUAUUUAUUUGAGUUAUUUCAGAUUAAUUUUUAGAAAAAUUGAAUGGAAAAUUUAGGUAGCUGAAUAUUUGAUAUGUUUAUUUCUAAUGAAAUAAAAAGACGUAUUCUUUUUAAUUACUA